UAUUUAAGCCACCGAGACGCACCUCCGCGUAACCUUCAUCUCUGCAAAUCUCCGUUUGUAUCUCUUCAAUUCUAAACUCUAAGAGUUCUUCUGUUUUUCGAAACGGAGCAGAAUCAGGUUAGAUCGGAUGGAGUUAGUUGUUUUUAUUUUUUUUUAUUUUUUUGGUGUUUGGAUGAAUUUUGUUUGCAUCUAUUUACCCUCUCCUGAUGUGCAAAAUUAAGUCUGGAUGCCGGAGGAGAUAUAAUGGAUGCAUACAGUGAAAGGUUGGCUUACCAGCUCAUUGCAAUUUGUUUCUUGCCUUGGUGUCAAAUGGACCUUCCGAUACUCCCGUUUUGCCUUUCUUCUUUCCUUCUUUCGUUUUAUGGAUUAAACUCUGAUGGCAAGUGAUGAAUAGUUAUCUUAUCCUACACUCUGAAGAUCCGUGUAGUCAUACAACUUCGCUUAUUGAUAUUCUGAUGCCCUAUUUUUUUCUUUUUUUAAUUUAUUUGUUUGGAAGUGAAGGCAAAUGAUGUGAAUUUUUUUUUUUAAUAACUGAAACCUAAAUGUUGACACAACUCCGCUUAUUAUCUGAUGCCUUUACUCUCUAAAGUAAAAUCAGAUUUUUUUUUUCUUUUGGAAUUUUUUUUUUAAAAUUAGUGAAGUGAUUUCAAUGAUGAGAAAGAAGCAGACGGGCGGACUGAAUCUGAUGCCUUGUUGAUUGUCUGCCGUUUCCAAUUUGGAACUUCUCUGAGUCUCAGAUCCAAGUUAUUAACAUUGUUUUUUUUUUUUUUUUUUCGUCUUUUUUGAUUUUAAGGUAAGAUAUCUCUGCACUGAUGAUGUUGCUCAAUUAUGUCUGGACAUAUGAAUUUGUUUGUGAUUUGAUAUGCAACUUCUGAGCAGAGUGAGAAUUACUCUUUGAUGGAUAAACCAUUACUAUGCUCUGAAUUCUGAAUUUUUAGUGGGCAAAAUUCUUAUUGAUGUUGUAAUUAUCUACCCCUUUUGUACUUGUAAUUUCCCAUUUUGCUGCUAUGUAUCUAUAUAUAUAUCAGUUACUAUAAUGAGAAGAAAGCUAGGGUGUUGUU